UAAUGUUACCCCGAAAAACGAAACUUAUAAAAGCCAAGUCGACAAGGCGUAGACGUUGUUUUUUGAAAAAAUAUUGCCCUUAGCAAAACAGUCGCGUAAACCAUAGUACACACCCCACGAAAAAUAUUAAAACGCUUUUCGCCUUUGCUGUUUAUAAUCGAUGCUUUUCCAAGUGAUCUCGUAACACGGCUCUAUGUACGAAUUAUAAAUAAAUGUUUUGAAAUAAAUCUCCUUAGUUACCGUGUGGACUUUUCGAAGAUCAGAGUGAACAGGGUGAUUUCUUUUCAGUGAAUGCUUGUUUUGUGAUCAAACUUAACAGUGAAAUAAAACCAAUAAGAAAAGUCACAAAGAAACAAAGAAAAUGCCCACCGAAUGCAUAACAAACCCCUUGCAAAGGGAACUGGCAGAUUCGAUAAUUAGAAUGGUGCCUUUGGACGAAAUUAGAAUACUACUGGCAUGUGGAGCAAAGGUAAACGAACCUGUUACACAAGGGUUAAUGCCUGUGCAUUACGCUGUUUGGCAACGAUAUUAUGAGGCCAUCCAACUUUUGCUAACCCGGGGUUGUGACGUUAAUGCCGUGGACGAAUGCGGUUACAGCCCUUUACAUCUAUCAGCCGAACAUGGGUAUACGGAAAUAGUGAAACUACUUCUAAAAUCUGGAGCCAAAGUCGACUACCGUCCAGAUACGGGCGAGGAAUUCCCUAGGACGACCCUGUGCGACGAACCCUUACGCUUGGCGAUAAGAAACAAGCACAUGGACAUCGCCAGGCUCCUGUUAGAACACGGAGCCGACCCUAACAAACGGUACUUUUUCGGGUCAGAAAUAAAUUUAAUCAACGACCUGCAAUACCUGGAGCUUCUGUUGACUUUCGGUGCCAACCCUGACAGUCGGGACAGGGCCGGACUUACGCCUUUAAUGAAAGCAGCGAGACAACCGCAGGGAAUGGAAUCAGUAUUACUUCUAAUUCAUUACGGUGCUGACGUCAACGCAAUGGCCGACGAGAGGCAUGAUUACAGAACGGUUCUUCACUACGCUGUGCUGUCCGGUAACAUCGAAAUAGUCAAUUUAAUUAUAAAACAAGGGGCUAAAUUAAAUUACGACGAAAGUUUCGAUUUGGGAAAGCCUAGUCCUCUAGAUCUAGCCAUCCUUAAAGGAGACCCCGCUAUAAUAAGGCUUCUAAUUGAGUCAGGAGCUAACGUGAACUUUACAUCCCCCAUACUCGGAUCUCCCCUCCAUGUGGCCUGUGCCGAUAAUAUUCCAAAUCGAUACGAAAUCAUAAGGGUAAUGUACCUAUCAUUUUCAAAAGAACUAAUCACCCUUCAUAUUUAAAUUUAUGUGUAAUAAAUUG